CAACCCACUUAGGUCUGAACCACCAUCCUGUAGCAGAAAGGUGAACUCACCCCAGGCUGCAGAGUGGGAGGAACGUCGUCCCACAUGAGGUUGACGGUAAGGGCGACAAUUGGAUCCCGGUGUUCCCGCUCUCCCACCACCAGCCGCACAUUUCAGCCCCGGACCCCUCUGAGAGGAGCGGAGGAGGCGUCGUGACUCCUGCAGUUUGUUAAUUGUCAUCAUCACUGGAUGUGACAGCCGCGGGGACGCCGUGUCUAUACAGUCACAGAUUAAUGGCUCCUUCAUCCAACAUUUACGCGUUUUUAAGGUCGGAAGGAAAUUGCUGACACAUUUUCCAAAGGUUCCUUUCAUUGGAUGACAUUGCAGGCUGUUGUACUCUGCCACUGUAUUGUUUUUAUUUCACUUUUGGGGAAAAAAAGUCAGAGCGGGCGCACAAAAUGCCUUCUUUAUUCGCGCGUAAAUGCCGCGCCGCCCGUCAAUGAAUAACGUGUUGUGCGUGUUUCGUCAGUGAAAGCUGCAUGGGUAAGUUUUCAAAGGCACUGAUGUGCUCCUGUCAGACGGAGACUUUGGCAUCUGAGGGGAACUGUUGGAUUAUACGAAAAAACACAAUCUGUUAGCGUACUUUCAAGCACGACAAGUCUGGAGAGUCUGCUGUUUUUCAUUCUGGAUUGUUUGCGCCUUGGUGACCGUGCAGAUUCAAACCUUCCUUAGGUAUUCACAUGGUAGAAACAAUGUUUUUAUGCAACACGAGUGCCAUAAAGGACUGGAGCUAUUUUCUGUCUCAGAUUUUGCCUCUGAUGAAUAAAACUACAGGCUUGGUAAACAUCGACAAAGCGGAGGAUGUAACGACCACCAUGGUGACAGCUCUGCAGCCAGACAGCGCCAUGAGCGCAAGUAACCCGCCGCUCAACUCCAACCAUACCUCGGGCAUGGACCACGUCUUUCAGUACUCUUAUUCCGAGAGUGACCUGCUGUACACGGACUACCGCACACCUGCACGAGACUCCAUCCCGCUGCCCAAAGCGGUUCUCUACCUGGUCAUGGCUGCGCUGGUGGUGGUGGCGGUGGCGUAUGCGAUAGUUGGGCACCUGGUCAAAGAUGUGGUUAAUGAGUUUGUCGGUGGAGGCAGGUCGAUGGUUGCUGAAAGUGACGGUGGUGAAAGCAGUGAACCAGACUGGGUGUUUGGCUCUCGUCGAGUUAGCAGCCGCAACAAGACAGAGAUCAACUGCAUCAGCAACAACGUGAACGAGAUGAGCGAAUUGGGCGAGAGGCCCCGGCUGGUGGAGAUGGGCUACAUAUCCCUAAACCACACUAACUGCCUGAGCUCCAUCAGACCGGAGGAGACAGUGGUCACCAUAGACGAGACGUUACAGCAGCGACCUCCGGACACUCACUCCGGGACUUAACCUGGGACCUUCUCACCUUUACCGGAGAGAAAAUAAAGCAGCGUGUUAGCCUGCUUUUCUUGUGCAAGUGGAUUUACAAGUCUGUCAUGAAUUGAAGCUCUAUCCACUCUUUUCUCACCUGUAGGUGGGCUGUAAUACCUGCAACUUUGGAGCCAGAAGGGACUUUGAAUUGUCGGCCAUUGCUGGAACAUUAGAGGCAUCGGAUGUUGAUGUUUGUAUCUGAUUGGACUCCUUUCUGCGGAGAUGACGAGAGAGGACGGCCGCAGCUGUUUUUGGACAAGCAGGCAGAAAAAACAAGUGGUUUUUUUGUUGUAAUUUUUGUUCUCAUCGUGCUGUCCCUUUUUUCAAGUGACCCCUUGUGAAAAUACCACCCUGGUACCGCGACACAUGCACUUCACUUUAACCACAAACAGUAUGUAAUCACUAUAAAUAUAGGAUACACACCAGUCAGUGCUUAUUGUAAUGUUGCUGCUAUAGCACGGUUAAAAACGAAAGGCUACAAAUGUUCUUUUUUGUGUGAUAACGCUGUAAUUAAUGGGGG